AUGAAAGCAGUAUUCGUUAUAACACUGGCAUACCUGGCCUGGUACGUUGGUGCCAUUAAAAUUGAUUGCGAGAAGCCCGAAUCUGUUAAUGAGGAUCACAUCCAUCACUGCUGCAAACAUCCGGAAGGCCACAAUGAGAUAAUGGAGGAAUGCUCCAACAAAACUGGCUUCCCACUGCCCAAUCCCAGCGAGGAGGCCAUUGUUGACUUGACUCCUGACCAUAUUAUUGCGGGCACAUGUUUUGGCCAUUGCGUCAUGAAGGCUCUCAAAUUCAUUAACGAUGACAAACUAGACAUGGAAGCUGUGAAGAAAUACUACAAGGAGAGGCACCCAGAUGAUCCCGAAUAUGUCAAUGAAAUGAUCAGCGCCUUCGACCACUGUCACGGCAAGAAUGAGGAAGGCACAGCGCAAUUUCUUUCAAAUCCCAUGUUCCACUCAUUGUCUAAGAAUUUCUGUGAGCCCAAGGCGAGCGUCAUCUGGGCUUGCGUUAUACGACAAUUCUUCCAUAACUGUCCGGCAGAUCGUUGGUCCAAGAGUAAGGAAUGUCAGGACACUUUAGAAUUCAGUAAGAGCUGCAAAGAUGCUCUGGCCACAUUGUAA